UACCAGGCUUAAGAGAAACCAGACAGGAUUCGAGAAGACCAACGAUUACACCGCUACACGGCAAUCUCAUUGAACCACUUUGGCAAUAACUGUCUGUAAGCCCUGGACCAACAAUCACUGUCUGAAAAAAACACCUACAGAAUAAAAUCGGUUGCAUGUCCUGUGUGUAAACAGCCACAGAGAGACAGAUGCAACCACAUCACUAUAUAAUAUGACUAAACUGUGCUGAAUCCACCAACCAGCACGCCAUCUUGGCCAACUAUGAACGCUACCACAGCAAAUCAGUCGGACUGCCUCGAGAUGAAGGUCCCAGUUCCUCUCUUCUUCAUUAUCGGUGUGGUAAGCCUGGCAGAGAACCUGCUGGUUGUGGUGGCCGUCAUACGAAACAGGAACCUCCACUCACCCAUGUACUGCUUCAUCUGCAGCCUGGCAGCCUUUAACACCAUUGCCAGCCUCACCAAAACCUGGGAGAACCUAAUGAUUGUGUUUGCCAAUGUGGGACAGCUGGAGAAGAAAGGUUUCUCUGAGAAGAACCUGGACGAUGUGAUGGACUCCCUGCUGUGUAUGUCAUUUAUGGGCUCCAUUUUCAGUUUCCUGGCUAUUGCUGUUGACCGGUAUGUAUGUAUAGCUUGGAUUCGCACACACAAAUGUUUUAGAUGAACGUUUUACAGCAUUUUUUAUACCACAUAUUUGACAGUAUGAGGGAUGAAUUGGAAUCUGUGAUAAUAUUAAUGUGUUCCAUCCCAGCCCACUAAUCCACCAGAAUCCCCAUGAACAAAAGCAUCAUGAUGCUUUAAGAUAUUUAGUUCCAUUUUAAUUCAAAUUUAAAAAUGGCUUACUGUAGGCAGUAAAACAAAGUUGAUGUUAUGUGUUUACAUCCUAGACUCCUCCAGGCACAUGUGUGUCCUUGAGCAAGACACUGAA